AUGGAAAAGUUCUUAAUCAAAAAACCGAAGUCAACCACGGUAGAGCAGCCAUCGGGCAGCGUUGACGUGAAUCAAAAUGAAAAUUACAAACGCAAGUUUAGAGCCGAAUGGCUACAAUCAUUCGAUUGGCUACAAAACAAGGAUGGAUCUGCUUUUUGUGUUGCUUGUGAGAAAGCUAUAGAUAACCACAACGCUCACCUGAAAGUUCAUGAGAAAACUGCGACACAUAUCCGAAACUGCGAAUCGCGCAAAAAGCAACAUACGCUUGAAAUGUUUUAUGAUCCUGAACAAGAAAAACAACAUAUAACAGUAAGAAAUGCCGAAUUCGCACUUGUGAUGUUUUGCAUAACCCAUAAUCUGCCAUUUUUGAUAAUGGAAUAUUUGCCAGCGUUGUUGGUGGAGUGCUGUCCAGAUUCUAGUAUCGCCAAGCUGAUUAAAUGUGGUAGGACAAAGUCAACGCAGAUCGCCGAGAUUAUUGGAAAGAAGGCCAAUGAUCGAGUAUUUGAAACGCUACGAAAUACGAAGUUUUCUCUUAUCGCUGAUGAAACAACAGAUAUUAGUACCACGAAAAGCUUAGUUUUGGUAGCAAGGUUUGUUGACAGUGCACGAGUGGUACAGGAUAGGUUUCUUGCUUUGUUAGAAGUUACCAAGUCAGACGCAGUUUCUAUUUUUCAGCUCAUAAAACAAUUUUUCAAUACCAAUAAUAUACCACUUAAGAAUAUUAUCGGCUUGGCAACAGACGGUGCAAAUGUUAUGGCAGGUGAUGCAGGAGGUGUUAAAGCAUUGCUUAACAAAGAAACAAAUUUUUUUUUUAUGACAUGCACUUGCCAUUCACUUCAUUUAUGCACAAGUUAUGCCAGCAGACAUCUGCCGAAAAGCAUUGAUUUUCUGUGCCGUAACAUUUAUAAUUAUUUUUCGCAUAGCUCCAAAAGGAUCAAUGAUUUGAAGGAAUUUCAAGAAUAUUGUUCAGUUGAGCCUCACAAAAUAUUGGGAGUCUCACAGACUCGAUGGCUGUCGUUGGAGGGUGUAGUUGCACGGCUUAUUGAACAGUGGGACAGCUUAAAGUUAUAUUUUAUUUCUUGCUUUUACGAAGUGAAUGGCAUUCGCCCUGCGCAAUUAGCAGAAGAAAUGUGCGCAAACACCAAGUGUUAUUUUUUGUUUUUAACAUACAUAUUACCUAUAAUUAAUAACCUCAACAAAGAUUUUCAAUCGGAGAGUUCCCGACUGCCAUACUUAUAUUCCAAUAUGAAAUCUAUUUAUCUUUUAAUUAUAAAUAAUUUUGUUAAACACGAUGUUUGCAUUAAGGAAACAAAUAUUGACUUUAGAAGUGAAAGCAAUCAAAAGCCAUUGCGUGAUAUUUUCGUAGGAACUAAAGCGGAGAUAUUUAUGACAAAACACUUAAGUGAAGAUGAUAUAAUUGAAGUAAAGAGAAAUAUACUUUCUUUCUAUGUCGAGCUCUUAAACCAAAUUAACAAUCGGUUUGAUUUCAAUCGUGAAGAUAUUAAAAUGUUACAAAUAAUUACACCGGCUAAAGUCUUAUCGCAGGAAGAUUUGCAGAUACUCCCGUUGAUACUUACAUUCAGUGAGUUAGUGGAUUGCGACCCUGACCAAAUUACAAGUCAGUGGAAUUUGUUAAGGUUGAGUGAUGUAAAUCUUUCUGCUGAUAUGGAUAUAGACACAUUUUGGUCGAAGCUCUGCCGCGGCUGA